AUGUCCUUAACAAUAUUACUAUCGAUAUUCCUAAAUUUUAAUUUAAUUUAUGCAACUUAUCUAAAUGCAGAGUCAAACUUUCUCAGGCCACAGUUGGAAAGAAAUAAUAUUAUUAAUAAGGGUGUAUGGGUGAGGGAUCCUAAAGAUAGGUUGUUUGAGAAAUCCAAUGCAGGGGAGUUCAUUUUUAGGGCAAAUUCCUUGGAUGUGGACAGCUUACUGCAGAACAAUUUUGAUGCGUUCGGUGACAAUGGCAUGCAGGACUCUCCGGGGAUUUCGAGUUACGUUGAAAGGACGAAGCGGUCUGCGAACAAUGAAAGAAAAAGAAUUCUACGUGAAAGUAUGAAAGAAUGCAAAGGCGAUAAGGACUGCGUUCUUCAUAAUAUAGACGAUAAAUUCGUGAAAUCUAAACUUAUAUCAAAACUUAAACCAACAUCCGUCUUUAAUGAUUAUCCUUACGAAGUUGCUAUUCUAUUAGAAGAUAAUAAACUAGAUGACAACAGUAGCAACAAUAUAAAGAGAGUUAAAGAGAGCACAGAUGACAAUUCAGUCAUUCCUUUAUAUACGAAUAAAGAAUCACCUCAAGUGAACAUAGAAUCACUCGUCAAAACUGAAUCUAAGGUCGAAACAGCUAUCAAUAAUACCAUAACACCUAAGCGUAGCAUGAAAAACGAAUACGAGAGCGAAGUGAUAAAAAAAAUCGAAAUCAACGAAGAAAUUGACAGUGACAAUAGCACUAAAGUUGACCGUAACAUAUUUGACAAAGAAGAACGAGUAUGGCAUCAAAAUAUGCCGAUGUCUGACGCAAAUGCCUACAAAAUUUUGCCUAAAUAUCCGAGCUCGAAGAAUAAGCCAAUAAAUGAAAGAGGACUUAUCAAAGUACUCUCAAUGCUUACAAAAACGUUCAAAAAGAUAAUGAGACAGCACAGCGACAUCAAGAAAAUACACAGCAAACUGCACUUAAUAAACGAUGAAGUUAAAAGAAAUAUUGCUGAUAUGAACAAAAAAUUCAAAGAUAUCGAAGAGAAAUACUCUCACAUUGUAACUUUAAGCGACAAGAUGAAAAUUUUCGAAACUAGCAUGAAUUUAAAGGAAGAAUACUUUAAAGUUAAGGACACUGAGAUGUCCAAAAAUUUGCUAGAAUUUGAGAACCAACAAAAGAAGUUUUUGACGCAGCAACGACAAUUUUAUAACAUACAGAAAUUGAUGCUGGCACAGAACGAAAAGAUUAACAUGAAGCAAAAUCUAAUAGCCAAGACUCAGAGCGAGAUUUCACAUAGACAGAACAAUUUUGCUCGGAUUCUUAAAAAAGCAAAACAAAUCUACAUAGACAAUAAACAGACAUCCAAGAUUUCAACCACAACCAAACCAAACGUCAUUAAUGAUACUGAUGAACCUGCUAGAAUAACUCAUACAACAACACAGGCCCCAAUAGCUACAGAAUCAAUUAAAAUCAACCUUUUUUCUAUACCUUCUCUAAACAAAUUAGUCAAUCAAGAUACUUUGCUGCUAAAAGAUAAAGAUGAGCAGCCAGUUGAUGAUUUAGUUUACAAAUACUACUUUAACAACACUUUUAUAGAUAACCUCAUGAAGAGCAAAGUUCUAUCAACUUUUAUGACUACAGCUGAGAACGCGGAGAUUGCAAGAAACGCCAAAAACAAAAGGAAUAAAGACGAAUUAGAAACUACGAUCUUAUUACCGAUAAAUAAGAUUGAAAAUGGAGGUGCAUUAAACAGAGAGAGAAGGUGGAUUCACCAUAUGUCUAAAGCGAAACUGAAAAAGAUAUCUAGAGGCAAAUCUAGUAUUACCAAUUCAGAUAUAAAAGAUGAGAAACCACUAAAAACUAGAGCAGAACGUAAUGCCUCUAACAAUGGUAUUAAAACAACAAAGCUAUUCGCAAAGGACAAAGCAAAUCCGUACCAAAUAAUGGCCAAAAACUUUUGUACGGAAAUCGGUCAGAAUAAAAAUGUCCAGAUGCUGAGCUGGUGUAUAGAGAAAGCGUUAAGACGAUUGCAGUAUAUGGAUUUCCCAGCACCGGCCCCACCGCCAGAGAAUACCAAAGUAACAACCCAACAAGUAACCACCGCUGCAACUACUAAGAUCUUACCACUCCCUAAAAGUUCUAAAGGAUCAUCAGCAGUCCCACGUGUCUUUACAUCGACUCCUUCAUUGCCAACAUCAGUUACUACUUCAAAACCACUAGCAAAUAGUAACUUGAUAUAUUUUCCAGAUCUUAAACCUGACACUGAGGGCAACGUAUACUAUGAUGGAAGCUUACAUUCAAGCGAUAUUGUUGGACUUGGGAUGCCAGAUAGCGAAGGCUUGUCAGACAUCAUGCCGGGCUUUGAGAGCAAUUCCAGAAUAGAUGUAGACCCUUACGUCUUCGAUCUUCAGGCCAGGAGACGGGAAACUGUUAGAAGAAUAAACGAAAACAUAAUGAAGAAAGUAAUGUAUGGAUAAAAUACGUUAAUGAAUUAGACUUAAAUGUAUGGUAAAGGCUCUCACACAUUUGGUUGAAACGGAAACGGAAGCGCAUGACAUUGCAUCAGUACCUAUUGGAAACAUAGUA